UCCUCUCCUCCCUUUCCUCUCCACGUGGUCGCAGAUGGCCGCUUCCAGAAGCUGAGCCUGGAGCUCGGAGACGGGCCGCUGCCGCUGCCGCUGCCGCUGCCUGUGGGCUUUGUGAGUUGCCUACUGACUGGAACGGCAUUCCCCAACCAUGGCUGAAGGAGGUGCCGGUGGGAACCAGCCACCUCGCGAACCACCCCGCAACCUCCAGGGCUUGCUGCAGAUGGCCGUCACUGCAGGGAACGCUGAACCUGCCCCGAUGGAGCCCAUGUCUGAUGAGCGGAGACAGUGGUUGCAGGAGGCGAUGGUCGAGGCCUUCCGGGGGCAAGUGGACGAGGUGGAACAGAUGAAGGAAUGUCUGAGGCUGCUGGAGCCAUCAACCCCCGGAGCAGAACGUGGAGGGGAAAGUUCAGAGGAAGCGCAUUCUGACCUUGAGAACAAAGAAGGUGCCUUGGACCUUCUGGCAGAGCUGUGUGAAAACUUGGACAAUGCUGCAGACUUCUGCAAACUGGAGGGCAUGCGGCUGUUAGCACACCGGUACCUGGAGCAUGAGGAGCAGGAGCUGCGUUGGCGGGCUGCUCACCUGGUGGGCACCUGUGCCCAGAACGUGCCCAAGGUGCAGGAGCAGGCCCUGGCGCUGGGCUGCAUGAGGAAGCUGCUGAAGCUGCUGGACCACGACCCCAGCGAGGCCGUCCGGAUCAAGGCACUGUUUGCCAUCUCCUGUUUGGUAAGAGCCCAGGAAGCUGGCCUUCAGCAGUUCCUACGCCUUGAUGGCUUCUCAGUCCUUAUGAGGGCCAUGCAAAGCAAUGUGCAGAAGCUGAAGGUGAAAUCUGCCUUUCUCCUACAGAACCUCCUUAUAAACCACCCAGAGCAGAAAGAGGCUCUCUGUUCCAUGGGGAUGGUGCAGCAGCUGGUGGCCCUGAUCCGGUCUGAACACAGCACUUUCCAUGAACACGUCUUGGGAGCCUUGUGCAGCCUGGUAACAGAUUUUCCUCAGGGUGUGCGGGAGUGUCAAGAACCGGAUUUGGCCCUCGAGGCGCUCUUAAAGGAGCGGUGCCAGCUACUGAAGGAUCAGGAGGAGUUCCAGGAGGAGCUGGAUUUCUGUGAGGCCCUGCUGCGCCUUUGCUUCCAUGGUCAGCCUGAUGAUAACAGCAUGGACCGGUAACUUGGCUUCCCAGAAGAACCCUUGACACUGUUGGAUGUCCAUGCUUGCACUUGGAAGCUGUGUCAGUUGGAGAGGCUUGAUGGAAACGCCCGUGUUUAUCUUCCCAUUCACUGAUCCGGCGACAGGCUGCAGUAACAGAAGAUCUCUCUGAAACGAGAUACAUGGCUUGUUAGCCUAAUGAUCAGCAGGAAGACACUUUCAUAAGCCGUUGCUGCGUAACUUCCUCUCGGUGGUUCUGCAGAAGCAUUCAUCUGCUAAUCUACCUUCCCAGCCACACCCAGGCAGUUCUACCUUCAUUAGCCAUAGUUUUGAGAUGGCUCUUGAGAUCUCCAUUUUAAUUGAGGGAAAACUAAUCCUAUUUCCUGUUCUCCGCUGCUUGUUAUUAGGGAAAAGAUGCUUAGUCAGGUGAGAAGGCCUGAGUGCCGUUUAGAAUGUAGAUGAUCAAGAAUUGCCUUCUUACUUCCGCAGCAUAGGGGAACUGGCUAUUCUACAAACCUACUCUGGGUUGUAUAUUUGGGGAGCAUUCGUUCAAAAGGGGGUGUGGUUUUGGUGUAUCUGCCUGCAAAGGACAGGACCUGUAACUACCUUUUUUUAAAGUUACUGAUAGAGAUGGGAAAAGCUUGUCCCAGCUGAAGAAUUUCUCGGGGGUGAUUGUGUGUGUGUGGGGAGCUUAAAAAAUGCAUGCGACAACUCGAAAUGUAUUGCAAACAGCUUGAAUCUCCCACAACUCUGCUUUGCUGUUGCUGUGUUCACUAUUCAGCAUUUUU